UGUUGAUCAGUUCUUCGUGUGGCCAUCUAGAAGGCAGUUGCGUUCAUUUUUUUAACAUUUUCAUUGGUGCGGUCGGUAUAACAAACGUGGGAAUAGUAUAGUUGCAAGUCAAAAAUCCAGUGCCGAGCCAUCAUGGCGAACCCUCGGAAAUUCAGUGAAAAGAUAGCUCUUUUGAAUCAGAAACAGGCGGAGGAAACUGCCGCGUUCGAGGCAAUCAUGCGAGAGGUUUCCGACGUCACGAGCAGAGUGGCUGGAGUGGCGUCUGCCAGUAACUCGGUCGUAGCAAGUCCAACGGGCUGCGGGGCACCCGGUGAAGUAACUCCGUCGGUGAAGAGCGCCGGGGCGAGUCCUCCGCUUCAGUCCAGCGGAAAGCACCUCCGAAUAAACAUUGGGAAUCAGUUCAAGGCUGGCGGUUCCUUGCCCAAUGUUAACAACAACAGAAACAACAAUCGUAGCCGAGGCGUCGAAGCUUCGAAUAACAAGAACGGGAACGGGCACGGCAACGGCAACAACAUCGCCAACAACAACAACGACGACUCUGACAACAACAAAGACGACGACGACAACGACGACGACAACAACGACCGUGACAACGUCGACGAAGACGAAGACCAUCUUCAACCUCAGAACCCCACAGACUCUACGGGCAAAGAGACUGCAGAUAUUUUCCCCGCAGGUCUCUACUCCGUUGAUCUUAUAAAGCCUACACUGAACAAUGCCGAGGAGAGUCAAGCAAAUUCAACGAUGUACCAAAGUAUGGAUCGAAGUAUGAACCGAAGCAUGGACCGAAACAUGGACCAAAGUAUGGAACGUGGUCGAUCUAUGGUUGGUCCAAUGAGGUCGCGUCCUGCGGAGAAGAGACAUGACACCUCGCCCUACAGUGGUGUACCUUAUUUGUUGUCCCCUCCCCCAGAUACUUGGCGCAGAACCAAUUCAGACUCUGCCCUUCAUCAAAGUGUGAACGAUUCCUGCCAGAUGCCUUCCUCCAUGCCUCACCGGCGAGGUAGCGAUGCGUAUCCGCAUAUGGGAGACAUGGGUUCCGAGCACAGAGAAUCGCAUCGUGGCUUCAUGGAGAGGCCGAGAUCUUCCUGUGAAAUGCCCAGAGUACCUGGAAUAAAUAUUUAUCCAAGUUCUCAACCACCUGGGCAACAGAUACCGAUUGGUAAUAACACCGGAUCCUUACCUGAUUUAAGCAACGUUCAUUUUCCGCCACCGCUACAAGCCCCUCUUGAUCAAGAGGAUCAUUCGAGUAGCACGCCAUACAGUACCAGUCCUCAAACGAGCAGUCCUACGACUUUAUCGCCAACCAGCUUACAACAAGCUCGAAGGCUAUCUUUUUCACAAGAUCAUAGUCCGGCACAUGCCCAAAACCAUUUAUCAGUGCCUGUUAACUCUAGGUUUCUCCAUACGUGCAAGGGUGUUGCACUGGACAACAGCACAAGUACUUCACAACAAGAUCUUCACUCUUAUACGCAACCACCACCGCCUGCUCACAGCCCUCAACACUUUAUUUACCAACAGCCGCAUAGUCCGGUGCAACCACAAAGUCCGAAGUCGUCGCAGUCACAUCAACCAGUGAAUUCUUUGGGGUCAUACCGAACUCCUCAAACUGUGAGUAGGCCGUCACCUCAGUCGUCGCCAAGUCUCACCGUUCGGAGCCCGUUAAGUUAUAGUAACAAUCCAUCAGCACCACCCAGCCCGACAGGACACUUGGGUCAACCGAACUUUCCCACAAACAGUAUAGAUCAAAAUACUUAUUUGCCUGAUCAAACGCAGGCAGCGGCACUUCAACAGCAUUUCGAGCAUUUCACCAUGGGAGUGGAAUGGGCGCAAAUAGCCCAGCAUCUAGCGGAAUCUGGCUGCACAUGGACCACACAGCUAGAGAUGGACUCACCUGUGGCAACGACGACAUUGGCUACUUAUAUCAGCUCUCCGAAUCACACUACCAAUUAUACUCAAAGCGACAUGAUCAAUGUCAGUGGAGAAUUGGGCAGUGGAGACGCCGGAUAUUUUAGUACUAGUCCGCAAUUGGUGUAUCAACCUCGGACACCAACGUCGACUCAACAAUUAACACCCCAAACACCAAAUACACCUAGGAUUAUACUCACCGAUUUUUCAGCAAAUCAUGGCUUGUCAACUCCAGACUUUCCAAGAGAUGACUUUGAUCCAAAUUUAUUCUCCGAAGACGACGUGCUUAAGCAUGGUUUGGAACCGCUGGAUUUUGGUGAUUUGCAAAUGCUCACUGAUUCGAGCACUGUGUUAUCUGAUCCAGCUGCCGAACAUCACUUUAGAUUAGAUUGACUUUAAGAUUGAAAAUACUGUGACUAAUUUGUGCGAUUGCGUUAUUAUAGGAUGAAAUAACGACGACUUGAUGUGUUAUGACUUAAGACACUUGAGCUAAUGGGGUAUUUUGAAUAUUGUUCACAGUUCUAGUAACUUGAUGAAUGCAAUACUAUACUAUAAACAUUUUCUUCUAGAAGACUAAAUUUGAAUUUUACGGGCUUCAAUACCUCUCUCUCUCUCUCUAUCUAUCUAUCUCUCUCCCCCUCCCCUCCCUCCGUCUCACUCUCUUUCUCUCUUUCGCUCUCCAUUGACCGUCUAAUUCUUGUAGUUUAUCGAUUAUUGGUACCCGCUCAAAAAGUUCAUAAUGUUCAAAGCAUGAUACGUGUAAGUUUUGAUCAGUGAUUUUCAUUUACUCAAUAGCAUAAUGGAAUUUUUGCAACAAAGUUACCAGAACUUGUAACAGGAUCUCAAAACCCGUUCGUGAUAAAUCGUUAAUUAAAGAUUAAGUAACAUAAAUCUUGAUCAACUUUAUUAUUUUUUUUUUUUCUUUCAUUUUAUACUACUUUGUAUAUUGUACUAUGUAUGAUCUCUAAGGAUGCACAAAAGAAACCGUUAACUGAUUUAUACAUGCUUUUGUCAUACGCAAAUUAUGGUAAACUACUAUCAAAUGUAUACAUAAUAUAUAUAAUAUAUACGUAUAUACACAUAUAUACAUAUAUAUACACGGGGUUUUCCAUGUGAAAUCGACAUUUCGAAAAUCCGCGGCAUUUCAGUUUUAGCGGGUGAUUUUUUGUAUAGUCUUACGCCCUCUGAAAUACUUUCCUGAUUUUUUUAGAUUUUUUAUUAAAAUCGUUUGCGAUUUAUGAAUUUUUUCCAGUUCAAAAUUACGCCCUUACCGAUAGUCUUUAUGAAAUGUAAAAUAAUUCUGUCAUCAAAAUUGACAUUGGUAAGACCUUCUGUUUUUUAUACUGAUGAAAAGAACAAACAUUAACAAUUGAACCAUUUUUCUGAGUGACAAUUUUUUAUUUUGUAAUACAACAUACAUGUCACAAUCUUUUAUUAACAAUAUUUUAUUAUUCUCUGUAUUAACAUCGUAUUGCGUAUCACUUACGUCAGUGCAAUGUUGAAGUAAGAAAUAUUGACAGAGGAUGGAAAGAAAAGUCUGAGAGUAUUAUCACACAAAAAAUCUUCGAUCGAAACUCGGAUAGUAAGGAGUUUUUCGACUCGUCUAUUUCACGUGGAAGUCUCCAUACAAGCAUGAGUAUAUGUGUAUAUAUAUAUGAAAACAAAUCUACAUAUAUACAUAUAUACAUAUAUAUGGUGCAGGUUCUUUGGAACUGAAGCACUAAAUGCAUAAAGACACACUGUUAAAAAUAUAAAACACAUUACCCGUGUGUUUUUAAUGGGACGGAUACGAUGUUGAAAAAAUUGAUCGUGAUUUCUGAAUUCAUUAUUAUUUUCUGGGCACAUUUUGUAUACACUUAUAGAAAUAAGUUUAAGGUCGAAUGAUAUGGUCAUUAUUAGGUAGAAAAAAAAAAUAUUAACACGUUUAAUAUCACGUUUAGCUAUAGAAUAUAUACCCAAUUCAAGGUCACGGUUAAACAAAUUUUCAUACCUCAGGUAUAUUUAGCUCUACUUCACAGUCAAUAAUUUGAGCUAACGCUGAUUUUAGCGUCAAGUCAAUCGUCACCACAGGUUCUUUGUUUUAUUUUCUCUAUUUUAUUUAUGAACGUUUUAAAAUUCUUGGCAAAUAUUAAAUUCACCGACUCCGUUGUAAAAUUGAGGUAAUUGUUAUCUCUUUCCCAGGAGCAGGUACAUAAAAGACUAAACGUACACAUUUCAAAGCAAUUUAUUCACAGUCGUAAGAUUUGAACAGAUGAGAACAAUGUUAUGUAUUUGAUUUCUUUUUAGACUCAACAUUACUUCAAUCGUUCGAUUGACAUUCUUCAAUUCAUAAUCAAGUGCGAAGCUCAUCUGAGAGUUAUGCUCUAAAAAAUUUCAAAUACAAGAAAGACUGGGGUGGAUACCAAUUUCUGCUCACUAUUGUCUAACUCUUCUGAUUUACAAAUUUUUCGAUCAACAACAAAAGAGUUAAAAUUUGAAAAAAUUUUACUGUAAUCGCAUGAAUAACUGAUUAAUAUAAUUCCGGGAAAAAUUGAUAGUUUUUAUCAAGCGCUGAUAAGGUGAAAGCGUAUUUAAGCUGAUUUAUAAUACUUUGUACCACAAUUGGAUAUAUAUAUAUAUAUAUAUAUAUAUAUAUAUAUAUAUUGGAAAUUUUUAUGUACGUAAAGUGAAGAAACCUAAGGUAAUUAUUUCGCUUUUUUUGUUCUUCUAAUUGAACAAUUAUUGCGAUAAUGCCCGUGUUUGAAAAACAUGACUUCGAUCAUGUUAAUCUAUCGAUAACGAUACAUUACAAAUAGGGGUUUGCGGUACUGAAAUUCUGCGGGUUGGAUCGGAUCGGAUAAAAUGGAUGACUUUCGGAUCGCGUACCCAAAAAUUUCGGAUUAAUCUAAAAUCUCGGACAUCCGAAAAUUUCGAGUUACUCAAAAAUCCCGAGUUCCUCGAAAAUCUCGGGUUUGCCGAAAAUUGCGGAGUUUUUGAAAACUGGUCACUGCUGUUUUCGCUUCUCCAAAAAUACCGGGAUUUCUAGAGUGAACAGAUUUUCCAAAAUUUCGGACUUGUGUCGUUUUCGAAAUUCCGGACAAUCUGAAGGAAAAUUUAAUAGCCGUCUGGAAUUAUGAGUUUUGCAGGUUCUAUUCUCAAAAAAUCAGACUAGAGGCUCACCGAAAAAUAUACCCUCGAAUUCUUUCAUAUCUGCUUCAUUAGCACAUCUCCGUGAAAUAAUUUUAUUAUCGAUCAAUAGGGUGUGCUGGUACUGAAAUUUUCUGGGUCAGGUCGGGUAAAAUUGAUUACUUUUGGGUCAGUGAAAAUUUCGGGUACUCGGAGAUUUCAGACUAUCCAAAGAUUUUGGCAUUGCCAAAAAACCCGACCCGAUGCAAACCCGAUAAUUACAAGUAAAAUUUAAUUGCUAUUUGCAUUGAUAAUGACCUUUUUCAAUGAAUAAGAAAAAAUACGAAUGAAUCAUCUUAGGCUUCUCUACUUUGUGAACAUGUGAAAAUUGGAAUAUUGUUUUUCACACAAAGUAUCAAUUGGUAAAGUUUUAUUGUUAACCUUAACAUGAUUCUUGCAAUUUUUCAAUUACCACUUUUCUUCUAAUGAACAAAAUUGCAAAGUAUCUGUUAAGAAACCAUAUUCAUGAUGUGUUUUUUAAAGAAUUAUUUUACUUGAGUCGUUAUGCAUUGUUUCUAGUUGUUUCUUAUUUUUUUUUUUUGUUUUCAGAAAACAGCGCGCUGGACGCGCAUGUAUUGAGUAAAUAUGAUAUCUUCUGUGAACACUGGGUAAAUGUGUUUAUUGGAGAAUCUUAAAUUCAUCAGUAAACAAUAUGCGAAGCAUAAUUGGAGAGUGUCUCCAGCAGAGCAGGCACUUUUGAAAAUUAAUAUUUCUAAUCUUUAUUCUGAGUUUAAUUGGUGAAUUUUUUGAGAAGACUUUACUGAUGUACAUUUUGAAAAUUUUCCAGUGAGUGAUUUCUCAAAUAUACAUUUGUUUGCGAAAUCGAAUUUUUCAUCUGUCACUAUUGAUCUCAGGUUCUAGUGGCAAUUGUUGUGUUAUUGUAUAAUAUAAACCAGAUACGACAUUUUGGAAAGUUGUAAAGAGUCAUUAAAAUCUGUGCUAGCAUGCACGGUCCCUGGGAAAUGAAUACGAAUUAUCCUCCAGUAGUUGUGCUUGAGACACUACCUAAUAUUCCAAAACAGCGUUAACUGUGUCAAACAUGGUUAAACACAUCACUUAUAAUUAGUUUUGAAAGUUGUUCUGCUUUGACGGAGAUUAUUUAGUAAAAUGUGUACACUCCUUAACACAUACAGAUACAAAAACACAUUCAUACAAUAAUGAGUAGUAUACGACAAGAAAAAAAUACAUCUGUACGAUAUAUUAUGCAUGGGGCUUUCCAUGUCAACUCAAACAAUGAUUUUCCUUCACUUUUUUUGAUUCGCUCCACGAUUUCUUUCCGAUUCUCUUAUCUCAAAAAGGUGUUUCUGAAUUUUUUCAAACCGUUUCAGAUUUUUUCAGACGCGUAUCACAAUCGCUUUUUUUUUAAAUCUCCGAUCAUUUUGAUA